CAUGACGGAUCUGCGCAUGCGCAGGUUCCUCCCAGUUGUCUGUUGACAAAUGUGAUCAAUGCAUAUCUCUUAUCCCAUUUGCAAUUCCAUCGCCAAGUGGAAUAAAAUGUAAUUUCACAGGAUUUUGUCAACGUUGCGAGGUUUCAGGUGUAAACUGAAACCAUGCUGAAAUGGUUAUCCGGUGAAGAGGGAGAGCCUGGCUCUGUAGGCCCAGGCUCUCCCCAUGGUGCUGCUGCUGCUGCUGGUGGAGAGGUUGCUGUAGAAGAAAUGGCAGAGCGGCUCAGCCAGACUGAGCAGCUCGUCGCUCAGCUGAAGGAGAUGAUACGGGAGAAGGAUGCAGCACUUCGCUCCAAAGAUGACCAACUUAAGGUGGAGAAGGAGACAUGUGAGGCCAAACUGUCAAAGCUGCGUCUCCAGAACAAGGCCAAGGUGACCGCCCUCACUACACAACUGGAGGAGCUGAAGAAACAACAUGGAGGUCAGGGCACGCCAACACGCAGCAAAAAGGGGUCAUCAGAAGGAGGAGGAGAGCAAGCGAGUCGGGGCAAGAUUGUCUUGCUAAAGAAGAAGGUUGAGGAACUAGAACAGCAGCUUGCACAAAGAGUGGAGGAACUGGAAAACAAGAGGAGGGAGGUCGAGUCACAGCGGCAGCGAGGCGAGGAAAUGGACGCCAUGCUGACAGAGAGGGAUAGGAAGCUGGCAGAAAAAGAGGCCUAUAUUGUCCACCUGCAAACAGCGUUGGCAGGAGAUCAGCCCAUCACACCUGCACCACAACAAAAGGUGACAGAGGACAGUGGAGCAAUGCAGGAGCUGCAGCUGCUGGUGCAGAGCCUGACCAGGAAGGUGGGAGAAGCAGAGGAGCGCUACAGUUUGCUGCAGGAGCGGGCGGACAGCCUCAAAGAGCUGCUGGUCACAGAGAAGGAGCAGUACAGUCAGAAGGAGAGCAUGUACAAACAGAACAUCCAGACAUUCAAAGACAUCAUUAUUCAGAAAGAUAACCAGCUGCUGGAAAUCAACCAGAUGCACGAACAGGAGCUCUUCAAGUUAGCAGCAAAGUCCGAUGCCAGUGCAGACUUAGAGCAGCUUCUGAAGGCUCUAAAACAGAAGCUUCAUGAGAAGGAGGAGGUGCUGCUGGGUAAAACCCAGGUCAUUGAUGUUCUUCAGGGAGAGGUGGAUGGCAGGGACCAACAGAUAAAGGAACUUACUGAGCGGCUGCGUCGGCUACAAGUAGAACGAGAGAGCCUGGAAUCCAAGAUGGAGGCAGAGAAGCAUGUGAUGCGAGCACAACUUCGCGACCUGAUGGAGAAGCAGCAGGCGGAGGUGCAGCGAAUGACUGAGCAGCAUCAGACACAGAUGGCCCAAACACAGCAGGAUCUCCUGGGGCAGCUGGAGGAGCUGAGGAGGGCCUCGGUAGCAGCACCACCUGCCAGUCAGGAGGCCUCAGGAAGUGGAAACAUUCCUGUAGAUUCAGCCUCCAUCCAAAGGAUAGCUGAGCUGGAAGCCCAAGCAAAGCAAAAAACGGACGAAGCCAGCAGAUCAGAGGCCAAGUUCCUGAAAAUGAAAGCCUGGUCGAAAUCUCGGAUCAGACAGUUGGAGGAGGAGCUGAAGAAAAGCCAAGCUGGAGGUGCCCCCCCAGACCUGACUGCCCUGCGGAGUCAUAUCACAGCACUGGAGGAAGAGAGAGAGGAAAACCUCUGGAAGGUGGAGCAAUAUGAGGAGCUCAAAGCAAAGAACGAAAUGCUGGAGGCUAAGCUGGUGGUUUAUGAGGAGCAACAGAGGACACUACAAGCAGACCUGGAGCAGUUCACCAAGAGGGCUGCCUCUCAGGCAAGUGAGUCAGGCAGUGCUGACGACACUCAGAGCCAGGUGCUGGAGUGGCAGGAGAUGGUAGCUGAGGCAGUCAGCGCCAGGGACCGGGCCAAGGAGGAGAAGGCUGCCAUGACCCUCCGCAUUAGCCACAUGGAGGAGGAAAGAGAGGGACUGAUUGAGGAUGACUGGUUCUUUCCUGGCUGCUCUGAUCCAGCACUGGCCUCUCGGCAGCAGGAGUUGGAGGAGGAGCUGGCUCAAGCUCGGGGGCUCGGCCAACACAGGGCCAAGAAGCUGGCAGCUCCAGCCCAACGAACCCUGCAGGAGGACUUUGAAUUUGAUGGGCAAGCCCCAUUCCAGGACCCGCGGAGCACCUCUGAGAGCACAACCCCGAUGGAGGGAGAGAAUAUGGGAGGUUGGUGGCCCGAGUACAGUACUCCUGACACAGAUGGUUUGCGGUCUGUUGUGGAGGAGCUGGAGCUGGAACGGAACCAACUGCAGGAGCAGAUACUGAGCCUGGAGGAGCGCUGUCAAGAUCUGGAGGAUCGACAGCAGCUGCAGGCCCGCAUAGAGACAUUACAGAAUGAGUCGGAGAAACUACAGAGCCAGCUUGCCAGCGUCCGAAGUCAACAGAGCAGAGAUGCAGAGAAGCAUCAGCUACUGGUUAGCAGUCUCAACGAACAGCUCAAAGGACUGAGUAACACACAGGAGUGCCUGGAAAGCUCACUCAUUGAGAAGGAGAAUACGUUGGCCAAGACAUCUGAGAAACUUGAGCUCAUCAGCAGCCUCAGAGAAUCUUUGAGUGAAAAAGAAAUUCAGUAUAAAGAGGUGUCUGACAAGCUCCUUCAGACUGAGCACACUCUUGAGAAUGUUUCCAACAAAUGCAGUAGCUCAGAAAAACAGUGCUCUGAGUUGAAAACAGAAGUUGGCGACCUCACGCUGAAGCUGAGUGUGCUGAAGGAGAAGACACAAAAGCAGGAAGUCACCAUAGAAACUUUACAAACUGAUCUCGAUCAGACAAAUGAGGAGCUGGACAAACUAAAUACCGCCUACUUGGAAGAACGAGCCCAACUCAUUCAUGACCUUCAAAGCUGUGAGCGGGAAAUUGAUAGUCUUAAAGAUAACCUGUUGGAAAAGGACAAGGAGAUAUCAACCCUCUCUGGUAACAUGGCGGAGUAUGCAGAACAGGUCACAGUGCUGAAGCAGGAGAUCAAACUCAAAGAAGAGAACCUGGUUCAUGUAGAGAAUGCACUGAGCAAGGCAGCGCGGGAGGUCAAGAUUAUAAGAGACUCCCAGAGUUCAGACCAGCAAGCCCUGGAUAGCAAGAUCACAGAGCUGGUCGAGAACCUCAAGGAUACUGAGAUGGAGCUGGUCAAGGCCAAAGUGGAAAGAGAGUCUAAAGUGGCUGAGGUGGAGCAUCUGAUAAAGCAGGCUGAAGAGGACAAGAAAACUAUUCAGGACCUUCGAGGAGAGAUCCAGAAACAGAUUGUGAGCCAUCAUAAUCAUCUCUCUGAAUGUGAACCACACAUAACUUCACUGAAGGAACAGCUGACUUUAUCCACCCAAAAGCUACAGGAGUCAGAAGGACUCGUUUUGCAGCUCAAGGACAAAAAUAGCAGCAAUGAGCAACUACAGCAACAGCUUAAUGAUAAAGAACAGACGUAUGAAAAAGAACUAAAAUCUUUCAAGGAUGAACAGAACAAACUUCUGGCACAGGUGGAAAAAUACAAUAAUGAAAUGCAGACACUGUCCAAACAGUUAGACGAGCAAGUACAGAGUGAUGAGCACAUCAAAAAGGAGAUGCAAGAGAAACUGGAAACCAUAGCAUCACUGGAAAACCAACUAAAGGCAACUGAUAAACAGGCCAAGGAGGAGAGACAGAAAUUCAACACUGAAUUGCAAGUCCGGGAUUCAGAAAAUGAGAAACUGAGCAAUGAACUUCAAAGCAAAUCUGAAAAUAUCUCCAAACUCAAGAACCUAUUAAAAAACAUUAAGACUGAGAAAACGCAGCUGGAAGAAAAACUUAAAGGGCUGACUGAGGAGCUUGAGCUACAGAAGCAGAAUGUAAAUCAACUUAGUGAAAAGGUUACAUCAGCUCUUGAACUUAACGGCAGUCUUGAGAAUCAAGUACACUGCCUUACAAAAGAGAGAGAACGACUUGAACUGGAAGUAAUUGAAAGUGUAAAAACAAUUUCAGAACUUACAGCUGAAAAGGAUUCUUUGCAAGUCAAGAUAUCCAUGUUGGAAACGCAGCAAUCACAAAACAACACAAUAAUUGAAGGGCUACAAAAAGAUAAAGAGGAAUUCACUGUUCGAACUAAUGAGUUAAAUAGAAUUCUUGAGCAAAGCACCCACUCAAACUCAGAGAUUCUGCUGGAAAAAACUAAUGAAUGUAGUAAUCUAAACCAGUUACUCAGGGAGAGGGAGGAGAAGGUGACACAACUGCAGGAGCAAGUGCAAAGCCUGACUUCCAAGGUAGACCUGCUCCAGCAUGACAUGGCAGAACGAGAGCAGACUGUCAGUGAUCUUCAAGCACAAAUAGAGGCCCAACAAAAUCAGCAAACGCAACUUCAGGAAACGCUGUCUCUGCUUCGAGAACAGGAAUGCAGUCUGAAGUCUGGGUUAAUGGAGAAGGACACACUGUUGAAAGAGAACCACAGUUUGCAGAAUGAAGUAGCACACCAGAAACAUAUUGUAUCCAAGCUACAAGCAGAAGCUGAAUCACUUAACGAAGAGCACUUAAAACUUCGGCAACAAAUAAAAGAGAGAGAAGAAAUGUUGAAAAAAGUGAAACAACAGUGUCAAAAACACAAAGACAAACUGAAUGAUUCAAACAAGACUGUUAAGUCUCUGAGUGACCAAAUCAGUGUCAUGGAAGAAAAUGCCAGAAAGCUUAUGUCUGAAGCAGAGCUGAGGCAAACAGAGUUGGCUAGCUUGAACGGCCACAUCCAGACUGCGACUGAGGAAAACCACCAACUUCGUGCUGCUUGUGAAUCAAGAGAAAAGGAGCUUGCUCGGCAAACACAGGUUCUAUCUGACCUUGAUGGACAGCUUAAAGCGACUCUUGAACAGAACUCCAGUUUUAGCGUGAACAUUAGCAGCCUAACAGAAGCUAAUCAGAGGCUACAAGAAGAGUUAGCGCAAAACAUCAAAUCCAUUUCUGAACUAACCACUGAGAGGAGUUUACUCCAAGAACAAAAUUCUGGGCUUAAAAUUCAAAUCUCAGAAAAUAAGAAAAUAAUUGACGGCCUGUUGAAAGAAAAGGAGACGCUUACUAUUGCAGCAGAUGAAUUAAAAAAGAUCCUCAAGGAAAGCGAACUGUCAAACUCUGCAGGUUUGCUUGAGAAAACAAGUGAAUGUGCUAAUCUGUCAAAAAUGUUAAGGGAGAGAGAAGAACAACUUCAAAGUCUACAAGAGCAAGUUGAUCAACUCAGAAUGUCCUUGAAUGAGAAAGAACAAACAAUGUCAGAACAGAGUUCACAGUUGGAAGCUCAGGAGAACCAACUGCUGCAACUUCAGGAUACUAUAUCUAUGCUUCAGGAACAAGGAUCUGUCCUCAAGUCAGGGCUGAUGGAGAAAGACGCAAUGUUUCAGCAGAGAGCAGAGGAAUGUAGCGUUUAUCAGAAUGAAGUCAUGCUACAGAAAUCCCUCAUAUCACAAAUGCAGGGUGAGGUAGAGUCACUCAGGCAAGAGUGCUUGGAGGCGAAACAGCAGAUAGAGCAAAAAGAACAGACAUUAAAAGAAGUAACAAAUGAGUUUCAAAACCACAAAGAUGAGCUGAAUAAACGAAACGAAUCAGUGAUUUCACUCAGCAGUCAGCUUGGUGCCAUGAAUGAGAAUGCUGCAGAGAUGGAGGUUGAAAUUACCAACCUAAAGACUGCUGUGCAGAAACUCACUGCAGAAAACUGUCAGCUGACACAGAAGGAGGACCAGAGGAAAGCAGAGAUAAUAGAUUUUAAAGAUAACAUUCAAGCACUGAAUGAGCAGAAUACACGAUUAAAAUCAGAAUUUCAGAAAACAGUUUCAGAGCUGUCCAAAGCACAUGAAGAAGUCACACAUCUCAAAACGGCAUGCUCAGAGAAGGAGAGGCUUAACUUGACCAUGCAAGGAAAAGAUGACUCCCUGAAACAGCAGGAGAAUUUGAUCCAGCAGCUCAACAGUAGGAUUGCAGAGCAGGAGGAGCAGCUGAAACAGAAAGCAGAUGACAAUGUCAGUUUAAGUGCAAAAGUUUCAGAGCUUGAAGAUUCUGUCUGUAAACUCAGAGGUCAAGUUGACAAUCUUACUUCAGAGUCCUUCGUACUGAAAAAUACUUUGCAGAAAAAAGAACAGUCAAGUCUCGAAUAUCAAAGUCAUUCUUCAGCUGCUGUUAAAAAUCUCAAUUCAAAUCUACAAGUCAAAGAGGCAGAGUGCGAGAGCUUGAAAGAACAGGUUUCACACCUUGAAGAAUCAGUCACAAAGCUCAACAACUCCCUCCAAGUACAGAUAUUUGAAGUGGAAAAUCUGAAAAAGGCCUUGGAAGAAAAAGAUGCAGCUCUUUUGGACCAAUCAAAGUCUCUUCAGAGAAGAGCAGAUGAGGCUUUGCUCUUCAAAUCUCAGUUCAUGGAAAGCACAGAGUUGGUGUCACAGCUACAGAGUCAAAUUCAGUUAUUGUCCACUAAGUCUGAAAACCUUGAAAAGUCAGCAGAAGAAACGCAGAGUGCCUUUAACAACCUACAAGAGAAAUAUGCAACUAACUUAGAGGAGUUGCAAGAUGUGAGAAAGCAACUGUCCCAAAGGAUUAAUGAGGUGUCCAACCUUCGGAAGUUAUUGGACGAUACCAAUAACGAACAUCAAACAGCAAAGACCACUAAAGAAACACUGAGAAAUGAGUUAUCUGCGAUCCAACACAAACUUGAGAAAAGCGAAGACCUGAACUCCAGUCUUUCAAAGGAAAAGGAUGAAGCUUUUGCUUCUCAUCAAGCAAGCGUGUCACUGCUGACUGUUGAAAUAGAAAGACUCAAAUCACAACAUCUUCAAGUUGUGGCACAAAUGAAUGCACUGACAGAAAACCUUGAGCAGAGAGAAAUGGCUCUCCAUGCAAUUAACAGUCAGUACACAUCCCAGGCCAAACACACAUCUCAGCUGGUUUCAGAAAUGCAGAAACUAGAAGAGCAAAAUAAGAGACUACAUAAGGAGCUUAGUUUGUCAAAGGAAGAGCACCAGAAGCUUCUUACUGCUAAGGAAGAGCUGGAAAGGAGCCUUCAAGCAAAGGUUAGUGCCAAAGAUGAAGAACUUUCUCGAUUAAAAGAAAACAUUCAAAAGAUAGAGCAGAUUCUGCAGGAUUCUGAGAAAGAAUGGCUGUUAGUUCUGGAUAGAGAAAAACAGGAUAAGAAUCUACUUGCAGAACAAUUGAAAAGUUUUGAAAAUGAAAUGAAAUCUAAGGAUGUUAAAGUUACUGCUUUGAAACUAGACUUGGACAGUUUGCAGGAGAAACUAGCAGAGGCUUCCUCUGCAAUUAGGCAGGGUUCUGAUCAGCUGAGCGCAAAAGAGUUGGAGGCGUCAGCAUCCAGGAUUCAACUUGAGAAGGUAUUAGCAUCUGUCCAGGAAAAGGAUAAUGACAACAAUAAUUUGCGACAGGCUCUAGAAGCUGCGGAACAUGAGUUACAAAAACUUGCUGGGAGAAAACAUGGCACUGACAAAGAUUCCUCUGUCUCGCCACAAACCACAUCUGAGAGAUCAGCUGCUUUAAAUAAAGAAAAGGCCACUUUACAGGACAUGAUAAAACAAUUACAAGAUAGUCAUCAGUCUGAGGUAGAUACUUUGAAAAAUGAGUUGGAUAAAACCUUUGCACAGCUACAAAAAACACAGAAAACACUUAAUGAAGGACAGAGGACUAAUGAUGAGAAGGGUCAACAGGUUGCUCUUUUGCAAGAGAUGGUAGAGCAUCUGCAGAUUCGGCUCAAUGCUGAAUUAGAGAAAGUGAAAGAAGCUACUGUCAAACACUCUUCUUUACACAGUGAAUCGCAAGCAAAAGAUGAGCAAAUCUACUGUAUGAGCAUUCAGAUAAGUCAGCAGAAGGAAUUACUUGCUGGACUUAGUCAGCAGGUAAAGGAUAAAGAUGCAUCCAUCGCCCAAGUUAUGGAAUCUGCCUCAAAUGAAAGAAUGAAACUUGGUGAGGAAAAAACUGCUCUAAUGGCACAAUUAGAAAGCAUGGAGCAAGAACACAAAACCUCCAUGAAGAGGCUUGAGGAGAUUUCUCAGCAGUUAGAGGAACGUAUUUCACGCUCUCAAAGUGAAAUUGAGACCAAGAAUUCAGAGAAGCUUGAGCUGAUUAAAGAAAAUGAUGAUUUAAAGAGUGAACUAGCCAAGGUAUCUAAAGAAAAAGAUGCAACGAAGAAGAAGCUUCAAGCUGCUCUCAUUGUGAGAAAGGAUCUGUUGAAAAAAAUUGAGCAAUAUGAAAACCAAAAAGAAGAGAGUGUAAACAAUAAAACGGAGGUCUCACUUUUACAGGCUAAAUUACAGGAAGCAACAAAUCAAGCUCAAGCUGCAGCAAAAGUGUAUGAAGAAAACAUUUCUUUUCUUGAAAAGAAAGUUCUUGAGAAAGAAGGAGAGAUUCUUGAAGACAAAACAGAAAGUGAAAGACUUUUAGAACAAUUUAAGUCAGAAAAACAUAUUUUGCAAGCCACAUUAAAUGAGAAAGAAGUGUAUUUGUCAGAAACAUUGUCAACACUGACUGAGAAAAGCUCCCUUAUCGGGCAGCUGCAGUCCAGUGCUGCUGAGAAAGAAGAAGCAUUUGAGCGAGACAGAAACAGCUGGAUGCAGAAAUUAGAAGAGCUUCAAAAUGAAAUCAAGACAUGUAAAGAUGAGAUUAAGGACAAAUCUUCCUCCACUGCUACUGCUGUUGGUUUAGAAAAUGAGCUUGCACAGAUGAAGCUUGAAAAGGCGAUGCUACAGAAAAAGGCCCAGGCUGCCUUGCUGGCACGCAAAGAGACAAUGAAGAAAGCUCAAGAAAAUGAAAAGAAGUUAACUCAAGAACUAGCUGAACUGAAAGACGACUACAAGGCUCUCUUGGAACAACGCUGUCAGCAGACGAAUGAGCUAAACGCUGUCCAGUUGAACUUUGACGAGAAGGUCAGGGAACUGGAGGACCUCCGUAAAACCUCUUUAUCUGAUCUAGAUCAACUGGACACUCUAAGACAGCUUGUUGAGGAGAGGGAUAAAACUCUACAAGAUCUGAAGAUGUCUCUGGCUGAGAAGGAGAGCCAGUGCCAUUCUCUAUCAAACUUGCAAACAGAGCUAGAAAAUGUUAAAUCCAAAUUUGAGAGCAUGUCUCUUGAGAUGGCAAGUAAAGAUGAGGCUCUCGUAGUCACGGAGCAAAGAGCAGAAGCUUUGAAAUCAAAACUUCACAUGGUAGAGAAUGACUUGGAGAAAGCUCAUGCAGAAGUAAAAGAGAAAACGAAAGAAGUUGAAAAAUAUCAGGAAACAAUUAAAGUUGCUGAGCUAAAGACCCAACAGGAGAAGCAAGCUUUAUUUAAUGAAAACAUUGCUUUGAAGACCCAGCUAAGCAUCUCUGAGUUUGCACUGGAGGAACACAUGCACGCAAAUGAAGAAAAAUAUCACAUUUUGAUAGAAGAAAACAAGGCUCUUUUGGAGCAAAGUAAUCAGAUGAAAGUGGAACUUGAGACAGCAGUUGCUUUAGUUUCACAGAAAUCCUUGGAAGUUUUAACUAUCGAAAAGACAUUGGCAGAAACACAGCAGCAGCUCGGUGAGGACGAAGGUGUUUUGACUACGGAGCCUGAAAAAGCUCAACUGCAUUUUACUGAAAAACUAAAUAAUUUGGAUUUGUUAAAACAAGAAAAAGAAAAUGCUUUCAGACUAAUCGAUGAGCUCAGAGAUGAGGUAACCAUGCUGAAUAAGCAACUGAAGGAAUCCGAGACAGCAAAUGAGCCGCUACAUCAAAAGAAGCCUGAAACGUGCAUCAAACAGGAAGAUGUUAACAGUUUGUCUUGCAAAUGUGCUGAAAACUUCGAAGUGAAACUAAAGGAGAGAGAUGAUGCCUUGUUGGUUUCUCAGGCUCGAGUUUCAGAAAAGGAAGAACUAAUUGCUGCGCUUGAACUGCAAUUACAGCAGCAAAUUAAAAUACACAAAGUUGCCAUUGAAAAGAUGAGAACAGAGGCUGAUGAGCUUCAGAAAUCUCGAGAAGAUGGCACCAAAAUGAAUGAUCAGGGCAACCAAAGCAAAAUUAAUCUCCUAACCAGGAAGCUUCAAGCAGCUUUAGUUUCUAGGAAAGAACUGUUGAAGGAAAAUGCAACGCUCAAGGAAGAAGUAGAAAAGCUGUCAGCCAAACAUGAAGCUAAAGAAGCCGAGUAUUUUGCUCUGGAAUCAUCAGUGCUGAAGUUGAAACAACAAAAUAUGGACCUGGAAAAUUCUCUGUUAUCUCUGAACAAGGAGAAAGACAAGCUCAGCACCGAAGUUGAUGGCAUCUUCAAUGAUAAUCGCAGCCUAUCAGCAGCCUGUGAAAGCUUGAAACAAACCAUAGAAAACAUCACCCAGCAGAAACAAGCUUUUUCCUGCCAGCUUGAAUCUCUUAAGGACUCUCAAACAGACGAGCUGUCCAAGUGGAAGUCAAAGCAUGCUGAGCUGAAACAAGAGUACGAGUCUCUUUUACAAGCUUAUGAAAAUGUUAGCAGCGAAAUGGAUAAGAUGAGACAGCUUCUGGAGGGGGCCAAAAGAGAGAGACAGGAAGCCCUCAGAAAGAUCCACAAACAUGAGACUGACGUGGAGAUUCUGGAGAAGCAAGUUAGAGAGAUGGAGGAAGAAAAUGGAAGAAUCAAAGAGAGGAUGCACACAUUUUCCAAAGGGAAAAGGCAGAAGAUUGAGGAGCUGGAGGAAGAGAAUCAGAAUAUUAGGAAAGAGCUGACUGAGCUUGAAGAAAACCACAAAAUGGCAAAGUGCGAGCUGACUGAUAGAAAUCAACAGUUGGAGGCUGAGAUUUGCAAACUUAAAGAGUCAUCAGAGGAUCUCAGAGAGAAGCUUACUGAACUGCAGUCUGAAAAUAACCUACUGGCAGAAAAGCUUGAAGAAACAAGCUGUUCACUGGAAAAGAAGCAAUUGGAAUCAAAUACAUACACAAACAACAUGCAGCUCAAACUUGAUGAAGCGCUCAGUUUGAAUAAUUCACUGACUGCCCAGAUCGAGGCCCAGAAAACAGAACUCGGUGCUCAAUUGGAAAUCAACAACUUGUUACAAAAGGAGAAGCAAAAUCUUUCUGAACGAAUUGAGAAGAUACAGAAUGAUCAUGAAUUGCAGUUGGGAAAGAAAGAUGAUGUCAUUAAAGGGCUCAAAGACGUUAUUAACAGACACAGCCAAGAGACUAUUAGCCUAAAUGAGAAGGUGAGAAUCUUAGAGGAUGAUAAGUCUCUUCUGCAGGAGGAGCUUGAAAAUGUUCAAGAGAUUUCAGACAAAGUGAAAAAUGAAAAUGAAUAUUUGGAAACUGUGAUCCUCAAAAACUCUGAAAGUAUUGAUGAACUGACUGAGUCUGUCACUGUUUUGCAAACCCAGAACAUGCAGCUGUCCUCUCAGCUGGCUGCUAGUAAAGAGAUGAGUAGUCAAGUUCGUCAAGAAAAAGAGGAGGAGCAGCUCAAAUUAGUCAGAGCGUUUGAGGAGAAACUCAAGACGGUUCAGAGAGGCAAUGAGGGGUCCAAGAAUGUGAAGAAAGAACUGCAGGAGCUACUCAAAGAAAAGCAUCAGGAGAUUAAUCAGCUGCAGCAAAACUGCAUUAAAUACCAGGAACUGAUUUUAGAUUUAGAGAGCUCUUUGAAGACCUCGCGGUCCGUCUGUGAACACUUUGAGAAAGAACUGAAGAAAAGCUCAGAGAAAAUAUCGGUUUUAGAGGAGAGAAGUAACCAUGUUGAAGCUGAGCUGAAUACGCACAAGAAUCUCCUCCAGCAGGCCACAGAAAAGAUUUUGAGUGUUGAGUCUGAAAGAGACCAGCUGGCUCUGGACAGAACACGGGAAAGUAAAAAGUCUGAGGAUCAGGUCAUGGAGAAAACAAAAUUACCACAAACUAUAAAUGAGAAACAAUUCAAUUCUUACAUGGAGAGUCAAUUUGUGUUACAGCAACAGAUAGAUGACCUUAAAGACUUAAAAGAUAAAGAAAGCCAAAAAGUUAAUGAACUGAGGCAGCAACUAGACUCCCAAAAUCUCCAGAUGAAUACACUAAAAAGAGCAGCUGAGACUAACGAGGCAAAGCUGUCUGCUUUAUCCGCCACUCCUCAAGGUGCAGAGGCUGCCAAAGUUUGGAAUGAUUUGUACCAAAAGACGUUACACGAGAAGGACAACCAGCUCCUGGAACAGGGUUUCGUGAUCAAACGAUUCCUCGAAGACAUGAGAGUGAAAGAUAAAGAGGUUAACGAACUACGAGUGACCAAGUCGAGACUGGAAAGGACACUAAAUGAGUACUCUGUUGCUGCCGCUGCACAGCAGAGGCAGCUGUUUGUCAUGAGCGCAAGCAACGCUGAACUUACUGAGGCUACGGAGCUUAUGACUGUGCAGGUAAAGGAACUCAGCGCUCACACUGAAAGAAUAGAACAAGAUAAAAACACACUGAGCCGACAGCUUGCUGACAAAGAAGAUGUGAUUUCCCAAAUGCAGCUAAAUCUCCAGCAGAUGGAGAAGAUAAAUGCAGACUCAGAUGCUCAGCUGCUCUUUCUGCAGUCUCAACGUGACAAACUUCAAGCUGACUUUGAGAAGCAGGAGGGAAUUUCUCUGCAACUGAAAACACUCCUCCAGAGUAAAGAUGCUGAGAUCUCCUCCUUGCUGUCCUGUAGAGACGGACAGAUGUCAGGAUAUCUAGAACAGCUCCAGGCGAACUAUCGCACCCAGGUAGCGGUUUAUGAGGACAGGUUAACAUCUUCACGCUACCAAAGAGAAAAGGCUGACAAAGAGUUGAGAGGGCUUGAAACCAAAGUCAAAAGUCUGCAAAUUAAAGUAAACAGGUCUGUCCAGGAAAAGGAGCAGAUGGCUGCUAAGAUGGAGUCAUUCAAGAACUCGAUGGUGUCUUUACAGAGCGAACGGGAGCGCCUGAUGUCAGAAUACAGAAUACUUGAAGCAAAGAGUCAGUUAGGGUUAACGGGUAAAGAGGGCUCUGCUGACGGGGAAGGUGCUGCCGCCAAAGGCCUUAAACAUGAAAUAAGGAAAUUAUUACAUCAAAUGGAUGAUCUCAAUUCAGAGAACGCUAUGCUCAGGGCCCAGCUGAUUCGGUACAGAGAGGAUUUGAAUCAGGUUUUAUCCCUGAAGGACAACCAGUUGAAGGUGCUGCUGAAGAAGCAGCAGGAUGUGAUUAAAAACCUUGAAAACCAAAAAGGUGCAGCUGAAAAGCAGCACAGAGAGUCUCGGUUGGAACUCCAAAAGGAAGAAGAGGCGAGCAAUACUUUAAAAGCAGAGAUUUCUAAACUUAAAGCUCUGCUUUCAACGCUGGAAGCUGAUUUAUUAACUCUAAAACGGGAGAGAGCCACGACAAAUGAAGGCAAAGUGAUUGCUGAUUUGCAGGAAGCUGUGGCAGCCAAAGCGGCUGAAUGUAAUGACCUCCAGCAAAAACUUAUUUCUCAGAAAAUCCUAAGUGAUGAGCUCAAGGGAAAAAUGCAGCUGGUGGAAAAUGAAACGGACAAAAAACUGGCUGAAGCUGAGGACAAAUACAACAGUGAGCUGGACGCCUUCGAGCGCGAGGUGGAGCUGAUGAGAAACGAGCGGGAGGCGGCUGAUCAAAGGGUGGCAGAGCUUGCGAAAGACCUACUCGAAAUGGAGCAACAGUUAUCAGAGGCCAAAACGCAAAGCAAAGAUAUCAGGGCUCAAAAUGAGUCUCUGUGCAAAGCCAUGGCUGCUUUGCAGAAUGACCGAGACCAGCUCAUUGAAGACUUCAAGAUCCUGAGAAACGGAUACGAUGAAGAACUCAGAGAAUCUCAGGCAGCCUUGAACAAGGUUGAGCGCAGUCUGCAGGAUGCCACCUCUGACUUGGCGAUGUUUGCCAAAGAGAGAGACAUCCUUGUUCAUAAAUUAAAAGCUUUAGAGAGCAAAGACACACACACAGAGCUGAACAAGUUGCUGGAUGAGCUGUCGAAGGCUUUGUCAGAGAAGGAAAGGGAACUGAAGCAGGUCGUCCAGGAGAAUAACACAUACAGCAGGCAGCUGUCAGCAUUCUCCAGAUCCAUGGCCAGCCUCCAAAAUGAUCGCGACCGGCUGAUUGAUGAGUUGAGCGGGUCCAAAAGAGUGGUUGAGUCCAGGCAAGGGUCGAGCCCAGAGGCCGUCACCUCCACGAGUUUGGAAAAAUCAAAGGGAAGUGCCCUCCAGAAUGAGAAAGAUGGGCUGGAGAAGAUGGAUGAACUACAGCAAACGGUAAAAAAGAUGCAAACUUACAGAGUGCCAGCUGAAAAAGAAAUCAGCAGCUACCAGGAAAAAACAGCAGAUCUGAGGUCUGACGCAGAGAGGAUGGACACACUUCCAGUCAAGGAAACAGCUGUUUUGGCAGGCCAGAGUGGAAUGGACGUGGUGGUGAGUCGGUUGGAGGCAGAGAGGAUCCAGCUUCACGGAGACCUGCAGCGCUACAUGUAUGAGAUCCAACAACGAGACCAGUACUUCCAACAGCUCAACACUAAGCUGCAGCAGGUAGUGGAGGAGAAAGGUGCUGUUGCAGCUCAGCUGAGGGCUGUUUCCCAAACCCUGAGGGACACCCAGAACCGCUGCCACUGGCUGGAAAGCCAAGUCCAAGGCCAGGCUCAGCAGGGGUCAGUGUAUGCUGAGGUUGCACCUGGAGCGCCCCAGGAGAGGAGCAACAACUCCAUGAUAGCUGAAGCUGCUGAAGCCAGUCAGCUGCAAGAAAGGCUGCUCGAGGCGGAGCAGAGUCUGGCAGAUGAGCGAGCCAGGAGAGAGACAGCUGAGGAGGCUCUGCGUCUUGCUGAGGACAGAGCAAAGAAUGUUGGUUCCAGUCUGUCCAGAGACAGUCAGAGGGACUUCAGUAUCGAGAUGGAAACAGAAGAGGAGUGGGAAGCUCUCAGUCUCAGCCCAAACCAGCCUCUAAUAACACGAAAGGUGAAAGGUGGGAUGGCGGCGUGUCGACGGUGGCUCAGAGGGAGGAGCCUCUACUUCUCCAGGCUGUUGACGAGCCGCGCCCGCUCUCGAUAUUUCUUUCUGGCAUACUUGCUCACAAUACACCUGCUUGUCCUCAUGUGCCUCACUGGUGCCCUGUAGCAAGGUCACACUGGGAAAUUACGCAAAUUGGCUCAAAGUUCAAACUGAACGCUGAAGUCUGUUUCUUGUUUUGUUUUGGUUUUUUAGCUAGUACAGCAUUUUUAUAUUCUAUCUGUAUCGUAAGGCAUGGUAAAACACUAAAACUGGCACAUAGACAGUAGUUGGACGGGCUCUCCAUGCUCCUUACAGGUCACACCUGUCCUUGUCAAUGUUGCCAGGAAAGUCAAUAUUUUCAUGUUAAUGUUACCCGCUCAGUCGACGACAUUACAUUCUGCUAAAUGGAUGGAUACCAAAACCAGCAAGGCGGCUGGCAUGUUAAAGAUUUUUGCUGGAUUUCAGAUGGAAUCCUCUACAAAAUGUAAUGUCAUUUUAAUUUAUCUGUUGUUUUUGUUGUUGUAAGACUGAACACAGUGAGUUUAGCUUAAAUUACAACUCGGAUUUUUUGUUCUAUGGUAAAUCGAGCCUUAAAGCAUGAUUCUCCCUUUCCUUCCUUGCUGUUCUUUCUGAACAGAAGCAGGUGGAUUCCUUAAUUAUUUAGGCGUGUUGCCUACAGUUUGUUUUCAGAUCCAAAUUAGAAAAGCGUGGAAAGAAACGUAAUUUUUUACACAAAUCCUCAAGUUGAUGGAGUUUAAGAAGGAAGGACUUAAACUUCGAUGUAACUCUUAUGUAAAAGCCUGAAAAGGGUCAGAAAGCCAUAUCCGUUCUUGGUUAACACUACUGUGUGAAUCUUGUUUUGAAUCUCAUCUCCUCUCCUUGUUCCCUGAGCUGAGAACAAACAUGCAAACAUCCCGUCUGUCGGUAACUGUUGGCUUUACAUCCAAAUUACAAAUAUCAGCACCGGCUGCUGCUUUCUUGCCUGCCUGGUUUCAUACCUUGCACAUAAUCGUGAUGCUGAGUUAAAACUAUGCACUGAAACUUCAAAUGUCUAUAUAAUCAUCUCAUAUAAGCUCAAAAGCACUACACCUCUCCCACUCCCUCCUGUUCCUUUUAACUGUAAAGCCAAAGGUGUCUGUAUUCUUUCCUUGGCUGUUUGAAUAAGUGCUCUCGUGCCCGUUAAAGAUAGUGAGAGACAGCGGUUUCGAAAUAUCCUUAAAUAUUCCUCCGGUAUCAUGGUUUGCCAUUGAAAAUGGACUGCAAAAACGAAAGAGGAUGUGAAAGUACAUACUGUAUGUAUUUAAGGUUUUUCUGUAUUUAUGUGUGCGUCCUCAGAAAGUGUCCUGUACACUAUCUGUUAUGGACUGUAUGUAUGUAUAUAUACAUUUCUAUCCUCUCUGCCUGAUGUUUGAUCACUGUACAUUUCUUCUUUAAUUGUUUAGAGUUUGAAAAUGUGACCGAUAAGAGACGGGGUUUUCACAAAAGGAGGUCAAUUAACAAGCCAAAAAAUGGAUAAAAAUAAGAUAUCUGAUUCUUUUAAAGACAAAGAAAAUUGAAUAAAGGGUGAACGAUGCUUUCUGGCUUGUUAAUUGAUCCAGUUUUGUAGAAAUACACGGUUGCUGGUGAGUUUGGGUACGUUGUCCCAAUGAUCUGUACAUAAAGGUGUGAUUGAUGGACAAAACAAUGAGCUGAAUCUAUUUAUGAAAAAGGUUAACUACUGAAAAAUGUUCAGAUGGCAUAUUUUCUCUACUGCCUCUAUUUUUAAAAGAUAGUGAUGCUGUUGGCCUUUUAAUGACAUUAGGCUUAACUUGGUGCAAUACUGUGUCAGAGGUGAACUUUUUCAGAUCACCCUUUACCAUCUCGAAAGAAAUUUAAUAAAGCUUAUUGAACUUUU